ACUGUUACCUUGAAGUGUCUCCCCUACAAGCUGGCUUUGUACUCAUAGGAUGACCUAAAACAUCUGAUCCUCCUGCCUCCUGAGUGCUAGGACUUCAUCAGGUACCUCCACAUCGAUUUCCUAUGGUGCCGCGGCUUGAACAUAGGACUUCCUGCAUGCUAGCUCUGCAGCUCUGCAGCACCCAGCCCUGUAGCCUCUGGACGCUCAGUCACUUGUUACUUGACUCCAUCUGGCCUGGCCCAAGAGCAAGAUGUAAGCCUGGAAUUAAUGAGAUAGAGUAAAAUUAGUAGAUGCCAGAGCAGCAGCUAGAGAGCAGCCUGCUCCUCCCACCACAGCCCCAGGUUCAAGUAGGUGGAGACGGGGUGUGGAGGACAGCAGGUGUGCAGGUCAGAAGCAGAACUUCCUCAAGCUAUCCUUGAAAGUUGGCUCCCAGUGCAGCUCAGACCCUCUCACCAUGGGACUCUCCUGGAAGGAACGGGUCUUCAUGGCUCUGUUGGGAGUUGCAGCAGCCUCUGGCCUCACCAUGCUCGUCCUCAUCCUGGUGAAGGCAAUCAAUGUUCUCUUGCCUGCAGACACCAAGUUUGGGAUUGUGUUUGAUGCCGGCUCCUCCCACACAUCCCUGUUUGUGUACCAGUGGCCAGCAAACAAGGAGAAGGACACAGGAGUGGUCAGCCAGGCCCUGACUUGCCAGAUAGAAGGACCUGGAAUCUCUUCCUAUACCUCUGACCCGACACAGGCUGGGGAAAGCCUGAAGAGCUGCCUGGAGGAGGCGCUGGCGUUGAUCCCACAGGCCCAGCAUCCAGAGACGCCCACAUUCUUGGGGUCCACAGCAGGAAUGAGGCUGCUCAGCCAGAAGAACAGCUCUCAGGCAAGAGACAUCCUAGCUGCAGUCUCCCAGACACUAAGCAAGUCUCCUGUGGAUUUUUGGGGUGCUAAGAUCUUGGCUGGGCAGGAUGAAGGUGCCUUUGGUUGGAUCACCAUCAACUAUGUCCUGGGAAUGCUCCUGAAGUAUUCCUCUGGACAGUGGAUCCUGCCUGAAGAGGGGAUGCUAGUUGGUGCUCUGGACCUUGGUGGAGCCUCCACGCAGAUCAGCUUCGUGCCUCAGGGCCCCAUCCUGGACCAGAGCACCCAAGUCACCUUCCGCCUGUACGGUGCCAACUACAGUGUCUACACUCACAGCUACCUCUGCUUUGGGCGGGACCAGAUCCUGAACAGGCUCCUGGCUAAGCUGGCACAGGACAGGUUGAGCAGCCAGGUGGCCCCGGUCAGACACCCAUGCUACCACAGUGGCUACCAGGCCAUACUGCCACUGAGUUCCUUGUAUGACUCACCCUGCAUCCACACUACAGAUUCCCUGAACCACACCCAGAACCUCACAGUUGAAGGGACAGGCGACCCUGGGAACUGUGUGGUAGCUCUCCGAAGUCUCUUCAACUUCUCCAGCUGUAAGGGCCAGAAGGAUUGUGCUUUCAAUGGCAUCUACCAGCCUCCUGUGCACGGCCAGUUCUAUGCAAUCACUGAACACUGUCAACGACACUGUCUGGAAGUUCUGUCAGAAACCCUGGAAACUGGUGGAAGUCAGCUAUCCUGGGCAGGAGCGCUGGUUACGGGACUACUGUGCCUCGGGUCUGUACAUCCUCGUAUUGCUGCUGGAGGGCUACAAAUUCAGUGAGGAGACCUGGCCCAACAUCCAGUUCCAGAAGCAGGCAGGUGACACAGACAUUGGCUGGACACUGGGCUUCAUGCUGAACCUGACAGGCAUGAUUCCAGCUGAGGCACCGACCCACUGGCGGGCUCAGAGCUACAGCAUCUGGACGGCUGGAGUAGUAUUCGCAGUGCUGACCCUUGUGGCCAUUCUUGGGGCAGCUGCCAUCCAGAUCUUCUGGACCCAGGACUAGGUAGAAACCAAGCUGAAGUAGAUCACAGUCAACAAUAUCUAAAGCAGAAGUGUUGAGUCAACAGUGACAACACAGCUGUUUGUGUUGUCAACCUUGUGAUCCACCAUCAACUGUUCUUAGGAAAGAAGGCCUUUGGCACACAGGACCUUCUGAGCAGAUCCUAGAUGCCUGCCCUUAUGAACCCCUGACCUUUAAGGACUCCAGUCCAUCAAUUGGGCCAGGAGGGCCAAUUGCUGAUAGUACUGACUCCUUUAUGCCCUCAGGAUAGCACUGGCUAUGGGGACUGAUGUUGUCCAUAGGAUAGAAACAGGAGAGGCAGCUGUUGGAAUAGUGCCACCUCAGAAGGCUGUGGCCAGCCCAGCAGAGACUCCCUGCUUCCUCACUAUAUCAGACUAGACCAGACAGUCAGAGUCCAGCUCUGGGGCCAGCCCAGCUUCUUCACACAAGAGCCUGUGGUUGGAUUCUCUUUAUCAUCAAUCCCAGAAUAUAGAUCAAGUUGGGAAUGAGGGAAUCAUUUUUGUUUGCUUGUUUGCUUGUUUAAUUAAAGCUGGUUUUGUCAUGGUA